CACUAUAAAAUGUCAAAGUAUAUGUCAAAUUUUAUUCUAUUUUAUUCUUAGUGAAUUUUGAAAAAGGUGUCAUCGAAAGUGUUUGGGAAAUGAAUAAUCAUUGAAGGAAACUUUGGAAAUGUCCGAAUUUAGCAAGGAUGCUUCAAGAAGCUUGCUUUCACCACCCAGAUCGUUAAUGAAUCUUGAGGAUGCUGAAGAAGUAUGGACAAUAAUAACCAAGAGGUAUCCAAAAGCUGCACCCCUUUUGUGUGAAAUGGAAUCAGUACUUGAUCACGCAGAAGACCUUCUUGAGCAACUAAAAUCACCCAGCGACCUGGGAAUCGUAUUUUCAACUGAGGAGUCAUUGAAUGAUAAGCAAUCUGAAGAAACAGUUUCAGAUCAAUCUAAUUUAUGUGAUCAAUCCUUAGCCAAAGAUGAUGUAGGCAGCAUACCAAGUGUACUCGAAACAGAAGUGUACAAUUUAGAUUAUUUAACUUUAACUGAAACUGCCUACAAAAAUAAUAAAGUAUCUUUUAUUAACGAGGAUUCAAAAACAAAUACGACUUUAUUUUGUACAACAAGUACAGUCAGUGAAAGAGAUUCCUUUUUUGAUGAACCGAGGGAUGAUGAGCUAAAAGAUGUAGAAAAAUCUCUCCAACAGCAUUCAGAAGAUUGCAAAAAAACAGAAUGUCUUAAAAGUGCGACGAGAGAUGACAAUGACGCUGUAAAUUAUAAUAAAGGUUCAAGACCAUCUUCUGCGUCAAAAAUAUUUGGAAAAUCCGUUGUCCCAAGGUUGCCUCAAUCUCCAAGGCGACAGAGAACACAUAGCGAAGGACCAAAAAUUGAUAAAAACGCUAUUCCAAAAUCAAAUGAGGGUCCUCGCAAACAUUCGAGUGUGACUGGAGUAUCAAUCCCUCAUUUUAAGAAAGUAAUUGAGACGAUUAAAUCGAAGGAAAUGGCUAAAAAAUCAGAAAUUUUAAAAACUGAAAUAAAACCACAGGAGAAGUUAGAAGAGGUCACAGAUAUCAUUCGAAUGAAAAUAAAAGAUUCUGCAAGCAUUGAUGAUUGGGAUAAAAUUGUUGGAAAUUCUUCCAAGUCUUGUGAAACUUCGGCUUUAACUAAUACAUUUACAUUGGAUAGGAAUUGUCAAUCCCAGUUGAUAAAAGUAUCACCGGACCGAUUCAUCAACAAAACUAACGAUUCCGAAACACCAACCACAAAACCCAUUGCUGCGGAAGCAAAUUUUAAAAUUCAGUCGAAACUAGGCAAUAAUCAGAAAACCGAAAAAACAGUAAAAACAGAAAACCAAGGGUGUGGAGAUGAAAAAAAUUCUGUAGCCUCUUUCGGUGAAUCGCCUGUAAUAAUUUUGGAACAGUACGGAAAAAUUUGUAAUAAAAAAAUUGACUACAAUAAAAACGAUGAUCGAAAGGGUAAAAUUGAGAUUACAUGUAGUUUUGCUAAUUACAGAGUGUCAUCAGCUGGAAAAAUACUAGAAAUAGUUAAAAAUGAAGCUGCUGCAAGAAUGUUGCAUAUGCUAGCAAUAAGCCAAAUGGAAGAAAAAACGCCAGAAGGUCUUAAAGAAUUUAGUCGACAAGAAAUGUUGGAAAUCAUGAACCUUAACAAAAGAGAUACGUUUAUACAUUCAGUUAAAAAAGUGGCGAUGGUGAAACUAUAUAAUUUCUGUCUGGAAGAAAAUCUACCUGAACCAGUGUAUGAUGUCAAACCUGAUAAACAGUGUGGAUUCUUGUCAAUAUGUAGAAUUCUAGAGUAUAUUGGACAAGGUUCAGGGCGUGCCGAAGGAACAGCCAAAGAGAAAGCUGCCGAAGAUUUUUACAAGAAACAUUUUCAAAAACUCAAAAACGAAUUAAAGGAUCAAUAAUCUCAAAUACAUCCGCAUAAAUAAUUCCAUAGAAGAAAACACUCAAGGGUGAAAAUAAUAGACCAAUGCACUUACAAAGGAAAUUUAUUUUAAAACAAAAAGAGCAUAAUUUUAUUUUUUUAAUAAAUUCACUGUAAACAUU